AUGGCGAAAUCGCUGUUUGACAACACACAUUUCUAUCUGCGUUCUGCGCUUCGGCGCUUCCGUUCGUCCAGUCCCGCCGAGCGCGAGGCAGCGUCGCUGGCGGUGCGCCUGCAGCACACCGAGGAGAGCUUCAAAUCCAAGAUCACUGAGUGCGCUGUGCUGCGCGCCGAGGUGGUGAAGCGGAAGGAGGAGGCGGAGCGCGAACGGAACCUGCGGAGCGAGGCCGCGGCGCGCCUGAAGGAGCUCGAGGAGAAGUUCUCGCUGCUCGGGGCCCGCGCCGUACACAUGCUGGGGGUCAAGGAGCAGGCGCUCGAGCAGGAGGUGGCAGUGAGCACGCUGAAGCAGUGCUACCGCGAGGCGCGAGAAGAAAUCGACGAACUGCGCAUGCUGCAGGCCGAACAGAACUUACAGGUUCAGGACUACCGCGCUAAGUACCAACGCGCGCAGCAGACCAUCGAGGAGCAGAAGAGGCAACUGUCGCUGCAGGAUAUGGACAACCAGCGCAUCGCCGACCAGAUCAACCUUGAAAUCCAGCGUAUCAAGCUUAAAUUCCAAGAGAAGCUGUCGGAGUUAUCCCCGCUGCCCGAGGUGCUGAAGCACACGCAGCGGCGGCUGAUGGAGGCGCAGCAGAGCCAGGCCCUCGCCGAGCACAAGGCCGACAACCUCACCAAGGAGCUGAGCACCGCCAGGGAGAGGUUGCACAUGCUUCUGCACACAAUCUCGAAGCCGCCGCCCGAGAAGGGUCCCGAGAAGAGUUACGACGAGAAGAUGGUCGCCCAGGCGCAGGCGCGCGCAGCCCAGCUGGCCGAGACUAAUGCUGCGCUCAAGCAGGAGAUCGAGCGGCUCAAAUUGAACGUGAUUCGCAUGGAGGAGACGGUGAUGCAGACGGACAAGCGGCUGCAGGAGAAGAUGCACGAGUGCGCGUCGCUCGGCGGCGAGCUGGAGCGCGCCCGCGACCACGCCACCAGGGAGAUCCUGCUGGCCAACCAGCGGGCGGACACGGCGCGCGCCUGCCUGGAGACCACGGUCACGGAGAUGGAGCGCAAGCUGGCCGCCGCCAACAAGGCGCUCGCCACCGCCGAGCUGGACCGUGACGAGGCCCGGAAGCGAAUGCAGUGCCAGCUGGGUCGGUUGGAGGAGAGCCUCGAGCGGGCGGAGCUGCGCGCGCUGGCGCUCGCGGCGCAGGCGGCGGCGCUGCGGCGCGCGGCCGGCGACGGCGACGAGGGCGACGACCGGCCGCACUGCGAGUGCAGGAGCUUCUUCCAAGACGAGUGA